UGCUCCGCCGGGCCCCGCAGCGUGCGGAGCCGGUUUGGUUUGUUUCCUUUCGGCCUCGCUUUGGUCCUUAUUUUAUUUUAUUCUUUCUUUUUUAUUUUAUUUAUUUAUUUUUUAUUUAUGGGGGUGUCUUUCCUUCCCCUCACCUCGAGGAUCCCCGCUCAGGGCACGGCCGUGUGCUGCCUUACCGCACGGAGCACGAGGCUCCUGCCGCCCCUUGCCCUGCCCUGCUGUGCCCACCGCCCCUCGGGCAGCUCUAAGAGCCGCGGGCCCGGUUCGUAGCCGUGGGCACCGCGCUUUGUUCUCUCCCCGCUCUCCCGUAAGGGGACGCCCCGAGGCCCAGGCGCAGGAAUGCGGCGCGGGCCAUCUUGGGUGGGUGCGGGCGUCGGGCGGGUAACGGGCGGAACAUGGAGGCGGGAGGUAACGGGUGGGAAGAUGGAGGCCGGGCACGGCGGGACGGCGGCUCGGUGCCUGUCCGGCCGUGGAAGGUGCGAGGCUCCCCCGCCGCCCGCACGAAGGGGCCUUUGUGGAGGAGGAGGCGGAGAGGAGGGGCCUGCGGCGGGGUGACCUGCGGAAGGACGUGGGGCCGCCCGGUGGGGACGGAGGGGUUACGGGUAGAGGGCGGCAUUGGGGCCGGCUGCUGCGCCACGGGAGCCAGGAGAAGUCGGCCGUGGCCGCUGACGUGAAGUGAGGCCGAUGGCGGCAGGAACUGGGAGCAGAGGUCGGAGCUGUGUGAGUGGCAGCGGAACGGACGCCUGCGGAGGCCUUGGUGAGGGCAGCAGUGAUUGAAGUGCGAGGAGGGGAACGAGGACGGAGCUCCGAGGGCUGCCCCGGGGCAGGGAGGAACCGGGCUCGCUGAGAACUGAGCGGCACGGACGCGCAUCCCUAUGGGCUCAUCCAGGAGCAAAGCCUGACUCAUGCAUAAGACUACAGGAAUGAGGGUGAAAGUGCUUUUCCCCUGGGUCUCGAAUGCUACCAGUCCCAUGACUGGCCUUCAUUGCACAGCAUGGUAGGGAUGUAAGCUACAGAUGGGAGCAUCAGUCCUUCUGUUCCCAUUCCCCCAAUGGUGUCACCACCUAAGGGAUUCCCAGUCAGCAGCACUGCCCCUGUGCGGGUGGGCCCGUGCUCUGCCUCUAGUUGGUUGGACAGCUUGAGAAAGUUUAUAGGUGAUGGUUUGGAAAGGAAAUGAAAAGUAAAGAAAUCCCCUGAGCUCUCUGUGUACAAGUGUAAUGUGAGAAGACAAAUAGAUUCAUUUUCAGAAAGAUGACGGAGUGGAAUGAGGGCUUAGGUUAAACUGGGAUGUUGUAUGGGUAGUUCUGUUGUUGGUUGGUUCUUGUUUUUUGUUUUUAAAGACUCUUAUAUUCUAUUAAAAUCUAAUCCAAGGAGUACAACACUGUGCUCCUCCACGUGGCCCGUUCUUUAGGUAAAAAGAAGCCUUCCCUGCGUACAAGGCUGGAUAGGGAAGUCUGUUAUUUCAAGGUCAGUUGAUUUGUCAGUGUUGGUGGGCAUGUUUUUGUGCAGUCUGUGCUAGUAAAGCACUGCUGCAGGCAAGUGGUUGAUGACGGCCACAGAAGGCAUGGAAAGGCCAUUGGCAGUGCUACCUGCAUCAUCCUCUUUAAGUGAGAAAGGUGGUAGUGGAGUGAGAAUGCUAAAGAGCAGGUCACUGGAUUCUAAUGCUAACUGAGGGGCUUGGAAGGGGAGAUUAUCCCUGAGAUAGUGUGCAUAUCUCCCAUCUUUCCCCUUAGCUGUGCUGCUUAAGCUGGGUCUGGCCUGCUUUCUUCCCUAAACUCCUAUCAGUCAGAGGAGAUAAGACAUGGUUUCACAUGCAUUUCUCAGUGGUAGUACUGACUUAAGCAGGCUGGGACCACUUGCUGCUGCCUCCCUUUGACCCAUCUUCCCCCCCCCCCCAAUGUCAGUAGAGAUACGUGUGCAAUGGCAGUGCUACAGACAGAGCUGCUAAAGAUUUAAGCUUUGCAGAAUCUUGGAUUAAUGGCUCCAGAACACAGCUAGAGCUAAUUUGGCAACCUUGGUACUUGUGAGACUUAACAGGGUGCUGAAUUGCCACUAGCUCUGUGAAUGAGGAACAAUAUUCCCACCAUAGCACUGUCCGUUCCCAGUGUUGGGUGAGUGGCAAGUCCCUCAAUGGCUGGCAUUGAUGCUGCAUGAAGAGUGGGGUUGGGAGCAGGCCUGAGCCUGCUGACCCUGUGGUUUCAGCCCCAGCUACUCAGGCUCCAACACCUCCAGGAUGCAGAGGAGAGACUGAGGACAGGGGGCAGAUAUGGGGGUUGGGGUGCGCUCAGACCAACCACAUGAAGGAGGGCUGGGGGCAGCCCAGGUCCACACUGAGCAUGUCCACGUGGGCAAAUAACUGAGUGGAGGGGGUGAUACUGGAUGUGGGAAUAGGUUCAGACCUGCUCCCAUGUGUCAUUGGAGACAUGUUCCCAUUCUGCCUGCUGCUUGGCAGCGUCUGUGGCUGAAGUCCAUCUUGGACUGUUAACAGAGUAAUUUUGUCCUGGUUUUGUGUUUCUUCCUGGUUGGAGUUGCUGCCUUCAUUCUAUUUAGCUUAAGCAUCCAGUAGUGUAACAGCAAAGGGCGUUUAUGGUUUUCUGUGUGGUUCUGGGAAUUAUACUUAAUUCCUUCUUUGAGGGCCAAACCUGCUCCCCAUCAUGAAGAAUGGCAAUUAGGUUGCAGACUGCUAUGUUUUUCUUUUCCGCUGCUGAGAUUCUGGAUAGAGAAUCUAUUAAGAUGAGAUUUUCAGUGUUAGUCGUCAAGGAAAGAAUUUCACUAACUUUCUAAUCGGCGAUUGGGACAGCAGUAGCUAAUUGAAAGGGAAGGACUAAUUGGUUCAGAUGGCCCAGUGUACACAGGGGCUCUGUCCUGUUCAUUAACAGCACCAGCUUCAUAAAGAAGAGACCUGUUGCUUAUGAAAUAUUUAACCAAUGAAACCCUAUUAAGUGCAUGUGAACUGAGGAGAAGACAAACAUUGCAACAUACAGUAACAAGCGACUUGUGGCCUUAGUGCCAAAUGACACUUCAUUCAACACCAGACGAGCCUACACCAGCGAAGAUGAAGCCUGGAAGUCGUAUUUGGAGAAUCCCCUAACAGCAGCUACCAAGGCCAUGAUGAGCAUAAAUGGUGAUGAGGACAGUGCUGCUGCCCUUGGCCUAUUAUAUGACUAUUAUAAAGUUCCCAGAGAUAAAAGGCUGUUGUCUGUUAACAAAGUGAAUGAUAAUCAAGAAGACCAAGAUAAAAGAAAUUGUCUCAGUUCCACGGAAGCUCAGAGUAAUUUGAGUGGGGGAGAGAACCGUGUGCAAGUCCUGAAGACGGUGCCAGUUAACCUUUCCUUGAACCAAGACCCAUUGGAGUCUUCCAAGAGGGAGUACAACACAAAUGUGUCUGGCAGCUCCACACCAAUUACGGGGACUGCAGUGACUGUGAUAAAAGCAGAAGAGUUCACUCCUGUUUUUAUGACCCCACAAGCACACUAUACAAGAGGAGAAAAUGAGGAGCACCGAGGGGUUAUCUUUGAACCGUAUGAAGUGUCCAACAUUGCUCCCCACACCAAUUAUCUCAAAGAUGACCAGCGCAGUACUCCUGACAGUACGUACAGUGACACCUUCAAAGACGGAGGAACAGAAAAGUAUCGCAGCGUGUCAGUGGGGGCUGAAGAAUACAUUUAUGAACAAACAAGCACUUUUCAGUAUACACUAGAAGCUACCAAAUCUCUGCGUCAAAAGCAAGGGGAGGGGCCUAUGACCUACUUAAACAAAGGACAGUUCUACGCCAUUACACUGAGUGAGACGGGUGACAACAAAUGUUUCCGGCAUCCGAUCAGCAAAGUCAGGAGCGUGGUCAUGGUUGUUUUUAGUGAGGAUAAAAACAGAGACGAGCAGCUGAAGUACUGGAAAUACUGGCAUUCCCGGCAGCACACAGCGAAGCAGAGGGUCCUUGACAUCGCUGAUUACAAAGAGAGUUUUAAUACCAUCGGGAAUAUUGAAGAAAUCGCCUUCAAUGCCGUGUCCUUUACUUGGGAUGUCAACGAGGAGGCAAAGAUUUUCAUCACAGUGAAUUGCUUGAGCACAGACUUCUCAUCCCAAAAAGGUGUGAAGGGGCUUCCUUUGAUGAUUCAGAUAGAUACAUACAGCUACAACAACCGCAGCAAUAAACCCAUCCACCGAGCCUACUGCCAGAUCAAGGUUUUUUGUGACAAGGGAGCAGAAAGGAAAAUACGAGAUGAAGAAAGGAAGCAGAAUAGGAAGAAAGGCAAAGGCCAAGCAUCCCAAGCCUCCUGUAAUAACUCAGCUGAAGGAAAGCUGAGUGCACUCCCUCUGCAAAAAAAGAGUGAUAUAACUUUCUUCAAAACAAUGACUGACCUGGAUUCCCAGCCAGUUCUCUUCAUACCAGAUGUUCACUUUGGAAACCUACAAAGAACUGGACAGGUUUACUAUAAUACAGAUGAUGAGAGAGAAGGUAGCAGUGUCUUGGUCAAGAGGAUGUUCCGACCUGUGGAGGAGGAGUUUGGUCCAUCCCCUUUGAAACAAAUGAAAGAAGAAGGCCUGAAAAGAGUGCUUUUAUAUGUGAGGAAGGAGACAGAUGAGGUGUUUGAUGCCUUGAUGCUGAAGUCACCCACAGUAAAGGGGCUAAUGGAAGCAAUCUCUGAGAAAUAUGGGUUGCCAGUGGAAAAGAUUGCAAAACUUUAUAAGAAGAGCAAAAAGGGUAUCCUGGUAAACAUGGAUGACAACAUUAUUGAGCACUACUCCAAUGAGGACACAUUCAUCCUGCACAUGGAAAGCGUGGUUGAAGGCUUCAAGAUCACACUGACUGAGAUCUAACCUCAGACAGAGCCCUCUCAUAAAGAACCCACAGCAUUUCAUUCUUCUUGGAAAGCAGAAGAUGCCUUUGGAAGUUGACAGGCAUUGAUCAGAGAAACUGUUACAAGACUGCUUUGAAAAUAUUGUCCAUUCUGCACAUGCACACCUACUGCAUACGGGCUUGGGUUCGUCAAGCAUGAAGCCACUCAUUUUAACCUGGUCCCUUAUUUAUUACUCCCCACUCUCCACUGUACAAGCAGUUACCAGCCCCCAGAUUUGUAACCAGAUGACCCACUGCAAAUGUGAAAUGCGGCAUUUUAGUCCAUGCCUUAGUGUGGAUGAGAUCAUUCUAAAAUAUGGUGAGGAACCAUGCUGGUCCAUUUUCAGAAAUCUGAUGUAAAUCACUUUGCCAGUAGUUUUUUCCUCUUGCUAAAAACUGGUGCAGUGCUAAAGGUGGGGAAAGAGGCUGACAGAGUUCACUUGCUCAGACCGGUCCAUCUCUCUAGUGUAUAGUCUUGCCAAAUACCUCUGGUAGUUCUCAGCAUGUAGCAAUGAGGACUUGUAAGUAAGGCGUUCAGCUACAAAUGUCAUUUGUAAGUAAAUGGUAAAGAAACCAUUUUAACCUUGUAUAUAAUGUUUAUAAUAUGCAAUAAUAUAUUUUAACUACUGUAUGUGGGCGCGUUUAUUGCCACUAUGUUUUUGUACGUAUUGGGUUUAGGGUUUAACAGAAUUUUUCCUAGAAGAUUAGAUUUCUGCAUUCUGUUAAGGAGUAUGUACUGAGAAUCUGAUAACUGCGUCUGCAUUUGUGCACUCCACCCCUGCCCACCCAGUUUUAUACCAGAAUAUUGGAGCAAAAAGUGCUACAGCAUUUGGAGUGUACUGUCACUGUGGGACCCACCUUUGGUUCCCAGGUCCCAAAUGUGAAAUGCAGCAUUUUAGUCCAUGCUUAAGUGUGGCUAAAUUCAUUCUAAUAUAUGGUGAGGAACCAUGCUGUACCUGUGUACUCCAUCCAGCUGUCACCAAAUCAUAGAGGCAGCCCUGUGUCUGGUGUGCCUAGAGGCACACAAGGGAUUUUUCCCUGGUCUCUUGGUGAAGUGAGGGCUCUUGAAAUGAGCCUGUCUCAAACCUGUGGAGGAAAAGGUUCUUUCCCCAGCAAACUGCUCAUUAAAGAAUUCCUCUAGACUGCAAGAAACUUCAGACUCUUCUUCAGGGAGCUUGCUCUUGUAUCUCCUUUGAAUGAUUCUGUUUUGAUUCCUAGGACAGUUCAAUGAGGUAAAAACUUGGGCUCGAUGUAAAUAUUUUACAGAAACUGAAACAAUUUUUACCAGUGCAAAGAGUGGCCCACACCCAAUUUGCAGAGUUAGGCCCCUCUCACACAGGCUGGAUCUGAACUGUGCAGUCACAUCAUCAAGUUCCAUAUCUGUCUCAGGAAUUGAGAGAGAAAGGCUACAGACUAAUCAUACCAGGAAAGGAGUCUGAGACCUGAUCAUCCCCAGCACACGCAAACUUGGCACCUCUCUCUCUCCUUUCCAGUUCCUCUAGCUGUCUUAGAUUGCUACUCACACAGUGCACAGUCCUGUGGUUUUCAGUUGUAAGCAUUUCAUUUCCCAUGCAUUGUGCGGGGAUCCCAUGAGACAGGCAGAAAUGGGAGACCUUUCCUACAAGCAACCUUAUUAUUAUUAUUAACUUAUUAUUAGUUCUUCCUUCUAAAGAUUCCUUUUUACUUAGUCACAGUAUUUUUUUCAUUAGCUGGUUAAUGACGUAAAGAAACGCUGCUGACUUUAAUGGGGCUCCUUCUCUAGUGGUUUGAGCUGUGGGGAGCUAUUUACAUCCAAGCAAAGCAGUUGGAAAAGCUGACCAGUCUGAUUUGAUCCUAUUUUUGCAUGAAUUGUCUUGCGAGCUCUUGCAGUUUCUUAACUUCAUCAGUGAGAGCAUCCCAUUAGAAUCUGAUCUUCAAAUAGAAAUGUCAGAUACCUGUCAAAGCUCCUGCGCUACCAGAGCCUAUGAAAGCUCUCUGCUAUUUGUGUCAGGGCUAUCACAUUCAGCAUCCAUAUGCAUCUGGAAAGCAAAGUGUCUGUUUUGUCUGUCUUCUCUCCCUUUCUACUCAUCUGUUGUGUGUUCUUUCUGCUCCUGAUGCAGGUGUGUGUAGUAAUUCCAUUGUCUUUUUAUGGAUACAUACUCCAGUAAAGAUGCUUUUGCUACAUUGCUUAAGGAUGGACAUUUUGGGAAUACAGUGGAUUUUGGGUAAUUUCAUUUAUUUCUGCUUGGCUCAGAUAAAAAGUCUUUGCUGACUUAGCCCAGUUACUUUUCCACUCCCAAAAAAUAGGGCAGUUUUGGCAGGUGGCAUUAAGAACUGGGGCCAGUACACAGAACUUGUGAGCAAUGCUGUUGGUUCUUGUAUUUAUCUCUUAUUUAAUGGUGUUUGGGAUUCCAAGGAGUUUAACUGAGAUUUCUCAAUUGGUCACGAUGUCCCAGCAGAGGCUGUGAGCUAAGCACAGCAGUGAAUGCAUGCAGGAUUUGAGCCCUGCUUCUGCCCCUAUCAGUGCCUGUGGUGGCUGGGGUUGGCUUGUGGUGUGCUGCAGUAGGAGAUGUCAGUGAGAAUUUGAGCUUGACAGAGAAGGACGGGACUGUCCUGGCAGCACCAACACCCUUGUUAGUAUUUUAUUCUUGUAUUACACAGAGGUAGAUCUCUCUUCUUUGGUAAUUAGAGCUAGAUUCUGCUGCAUGCUGCAAUGUCCAGCUCUAAGGAGCAGUAUCAUAGAAUCACAGAAUAGCUUGAGUUGUAAGAGACCUCAGAGAACACCCAUCCCCAACCCCCUGCCAUGGGCAGGGCUACCACCCACCAGCUCAGGCUGCCCAGAGCCCAUCCAACCUGACCUUGAGCAUCUCCAGGGAUGGGGUGCCCACAGCUCUCUGGGCAUCUGUGCCAGUGCUGAACACCAGCUCCCUCAGCCUUUCUUCAUAGGAGAGGUGCUCCAGCAUCUUCACGGCCUCCUCUAGACCUAUUCCAACAGUUCUGCAUCUUUAGUGUACUGGGGGCCCCAGGCACGGAACCAAUACUGCAGGUGGAGCAUCAUGAAAGGAGGGCAGAGGGGGACAAUCACCUCUAUCGCUCUGCUGGCCUCCCUUCUGUUGAUGCAGCCCAGGGUACAGCCCUUCUGGGCUGCAAGGCACACUGCUGGCUUGUGGCAAACUUUUGUCCACCAGAACCCACAGUAUAGGAUCAGCAAAAGCUGCAGUGCUCCAGGAAAUACUGGAGCUUAAGGAGCAGAGCUGCCUUUCCAAUGCCAUUUUAGGAGCUUUAGGUCAGGCACUGUCCAGGGAAGGAAAGUUGUUUCCAAGAUUAACUGAAAGCUUUUCUAAAUAUAUCUCUAAGUGUACAAAUUCCUGGUCAGUAGCGAGAGAGCUGAUCCUCCUGCCUUUAGCUCAUUCUUACGGUCUCACUGGAGAAAGCAGGGCUGAAGAGGAUGGGUAGAACUUAUCAAAACACUAAGAAUAUGAUGAUCUUCAUUAACUUUAUUCAUCUGCCAGGGCCAGAGGACUUUGUUUUUCUGCUCCAUAUGCCAAAUGCAUCACAAGCAUCUAAAUAAUUGUGAAGAGCACAUCACCCUGCACCCAGUCAGUUUAGUUACAGCAUCAGCUGCUACAGAAGCAUCGAACCUGUGAGCUGGUCAUGGCGAGCUACAAACUGUCGGGGUUCACCACCUCUGAGGGUUUGUUUGUUGAUCAAAAUCAAGAUAUUGGUGCUGGGGAGGGGCCAGCACCAAUAAUGCAAACUUCUGAAGGAGGGACCCAUUCAAAGGUCACAAGGAGCAUAAAGUCUAUUGUUUAAAGUGUAUGUGUUGCUUUUGUUUCGUGAAGAAGACCGAUUAAUGCCGUGUCUUCCAAGUAUGAAGUAAGAUUUGGCUAUUGUUUAGCACACAGGAACAUCUUAGUUGCCUCCUUUUGUGGCACUGCUCUGGUUGUUUACUCAAGAGAACAAAACUCAUUUCCUUUCUCAUUUGCUUCCAUACAAAGAGCGAGAGCAGUGCAGUGUCUGUAGAUGCUGUGUGAAAGACUAUGACAGAGGUGCAAAAGGCAGAGUAGCCUUCUAAGCUCUGGCCUUGGUUCCUGCUGCAGAUUUGGCACUAUGUCCGUCCAUUUGAUCGUUUGCUACGAACACCCAGAUCUCAGUCUUUCCUUUUACACAGUCAGCUGUUUAUGUCCCCUACAUGUAGCACAUCCUUGCAGCAAAGCUUUGUUGAUGUACAGCUGUGUUCCCAUCAAGGUAUUUUGGAGGACUUUUUAUCACUGGCUGUUAACUACAAAGAAAGUAGUUGCUUUUUCAUUUUGUCCUUUUUUUUCCCCCCUUCUUUUUGUUCUUUCUCUUUCCCGUGUGUUCUCCCUCAUUAAGUCCCUGGUCAUUGGAAUUCAGAGAUCAAGAGCCCUUUUUUUGCACAUUUUCCUCUUUCAGUCUGUGGAUAGAUUAAAUGCGAUCAAUGAAUUCAAACGAUUGGUAAAAACUCAGCCCUCCAGCGGUCAGAGGAGCUGUAUGUUGGUUGGUAUGAAACUGGGAAGGAGUAUUUUAGGGCCUUAAAUGUAAAGCUCGUCAAAUGUUUAUAUGCUCUUCCAUCUCCUAUGAAUUGAGACAAGAUACAAACGAGUGUUUGUGCCAAACUUUGUAACAAGCCCUCGCUCUGAGAAACAAACUCUGUAUAAAUAGCGUGCUUUUAUAUUAAGGAAUAGCUCAUGUAACUUAAUAGUGUUGCAACUGGGAGAGGGGUUUGAUAAACUGUAAAUACAGUUAUUUUAUUUUUUGUACAUUUUUAAGAAGGAAAAAAAUAAAUAUUCCUGUGUAUGAGAUAAUA